AUGACGGAAAUAAAUGAAAAAGAGAAUGAACCAUCGCAGACACGGGACCUCCAGAGAGCGCAGGCUACUGUCCCCAGUCAACCCGAGUCCAAGUUGCAGAGGCUGAAGAGAUCACUGUCCUUUAAGUCGGUUAUGCGCAGCAAAAGUGUGGACAACUUCUUCCAGAGAAAUGGAGACACACGGCCUCCCUCUGCCCUCAUCACCACGGCCUGCCCUGCCUCUUCUCCUCUUGCCCCCUCCUCGGACUCUCCUCUGGGUUAUGAACGCUCACCCUCUCUGUCCCCCUCCGCCAGCCCAAACCCCUCCCUCUCCUCGCACUCCCCCUCCAUUAGCCCGUCCAUUGGGUCCCAGGUCAAAGUGCAGCCCAUGAAGACCCACUGUUUCCAGGAGCACGUAUUUCGCAGAGCCACCAACUGUCAGCGAUGCAAACACGUCAUCCAAGGAAACUCGAAGCAGGGGCUGCGGUGUAAAGCCUGUAAGCUGGCUGCCCACCUUUGGUGCUCCUCUGAGCUCUCUCAGCUUCCUUGUAAUGGGAAGAGUGGCGCUUUUAAAAGAAACUUCAGCUCUCCUCUGCUCAGCAUCGAUCCUCUGGGCGUGGUCCGAGAGGCUCCUGCUGCCCAAGAAGGAGAAACCAGUGUUGUUGACCCUGUAUAUGAGGCUCUGCGCUACGGGACGUCUCUGGCACAAAUGAGUCGAUCGAGCUUCAGCAGCAUCUCUGAGUCUCCGUACCACGAGGGAAAAGCUUUGGACAAACUAGAAAACCAACCAAUUGCUGAAGAGGAGUCUAUACCAGGAAUGCUCACGCCGCCUGAAAGUGAGAAGGCUGAUUCAGAAGACAGGGUCAGUCUGAAGACGCCUAAACGUGUUGAGAUCCACUCCAUCCACACCUAUGUAGCCCUGUACAAGUUUCUGCCCCAAGAGAAGAACGACCUGGAGCUACAGCCUGGUGAUAGAAUACAAGUCACAGACGACUCCAAUGAGGACUGGUGGAAGGGGAAAAUUAGGGACAGGGUGGGCUUUUUCCCAGCCAACUUUGUGCAGCGGGUGCGUCCCGGAGAGAGGGUGUGGAAGGUCACUGCUGGUUUCCAUGGCAACCGAGACAAAGGCCAGAUGAGUGUCAAAGAAGCUCAGAUCUGUGUGGGGAAAAAUGAGGAAAUCGAAGGCUUUGUGCGACUGAGCAGUGGGAAAAAGCGAGGCAUGGUCCCAGUCAAGAACGUAAUGGAGAUAUGAAACUUUGUCAGCGCACACCUCUCUCCAUGACCCCGGAUAAGGUCACUCCCCUCAGGAGCUUUUAGCCGAAAACCUCACUGAAGCCAGCUAUUUCAACAUCGUCAGCUUGAGUGGACAAAAGCGUAGCUCCGCCCACAAGUUUGUUAUCUCUGCCUGAAGACUUAAUAGCGCAGUCGGCCAAGGGAUUUAUUUUCAGUGUUUUCAAGCUACUUCUCUUGUAGCAUUCUCAACAGAAAUGUAGCACGUGAACAGUGGACAGUCUGGCUACCUCAAUAGCCAUCUCCAGUGGCCUGCGUAAGACUUAAAUGAUGUCAAUCUGUUGUUACUAAAGAGAUGUGGAGACUUUGUUAGUCUGCAUUUCACUGUAUCUCAUCAAACUGUCAUGUAUUUAUUUAUGUAUUUUUAUGUCAGUGGGCCUCAAAGUUUUAACACCAAGUGCGAAGAUAUUUCUAAGAUGUUUGGCAUUCAAAGCAUACAUAAUAUAAUUGAAUAAUGGAAAUACUUCCUUAAAAAUGAUAAAACAGGGACUAAACAGACACUAAACCAGGUAUUCUCUGAAAGACCAAAAAUCAGCUCCACAUUUCAAAUUUAAUCCCUUACCAGAGGGAGCCUGCUUAUCACAUGAGGCCCUCACACCGCAGUUUGAGAAGAUUUCCAGCAUGUAUGUUGUUUUUUGCUCUUGCUUGUACUUAAUGUAUGUCUACAUAAGGAAACGUGUGCAUAUGUCUUUAACUCUAUGGUCAAAUGAAAGUCAACACAAAUGCAUCGUUUUGUUCAAAUCUCUGGUGAUUAUAUGAUGUUCCACUCUGCUCUUCACAGCUCCAGAGCCUGGGGACUGCAUUUUACCCUCAGUGUGCCCUUCAGUCACACUCCAACUUCACAGCCCUCCCUCUCUCCCUGCUUCAGUAGAAACAGCUUCCUGUCAUUAUAGCCCUAUCUAUCUAACACUGUUUGUCUCUAUGUAAUGUCCCGUAAUACUCCUAUCAUGUCUAAUUGUGUACAGCAGAAUGAGGAUGGCAGUUAUCUAGGAUCUCUGAUGUGCUUGAAUUACUUCAGUGGACGUUUGCUCUUUUCUGUUGACAUUCCACAUCUGGGGUUGUUCCACAGUUAUUCCACAUGUUAUUAUGAUGCCAUAUGUCUGCUCCUCCAGAUGAAAAGUCAGUAAUCCUGCACAAGUUGGAUUGUUGCAGUAUUUGUGGGCUCAAAUAAUUCUUGUCCUACUGUAAUAUAUGAUGGCCAGCACUCACUUUUUUGACAGAAAAAUAUUAUUUUUUGUUGCGUUGUUUUCCUAUAAUAAUAAUGCUUAGCUUUGUUGGUGCUGGUUCUUUUAUCAAAUCGAAAUGCUCCACUGAAAGGCAUUAUGGACUGAUACUAUGUCAGCAGACUGUGGAGUUGCUUUGUCAUUCCGAAUUUUGCCAAGUUUUAUCAAGUCUGGCAAAUCUCGGAAUGACUCUUGGAACAACCCCUCAGAUGCUUGCAAAAAGUCAGCAUUAUUUUAAAGGCGGACUAUAACUUUUCAGACGAGGGUUCUGCCAGGUGCUUGUCUCCAUGGAGAUGUUUGUGCUCUGCCUGAAAUGUUCUACAGUAUGGCGUUAAUCUUAUCUGUCUUGCUUUUUCUUUUAAAGCUUACCUCUCUACAGAUCUGACCUGCAUUUUUUGCGAGGCUGCAUCACUUUUUUGUCACCAUGGAGAUAGAUAAGUUAAAUGCUAUACUGCGGAACAUACCUCGCAAAGCAGUUAUAUGGAGAUUAUUAAGUGACGGACCCUCCCCUAGAAAAGUUACACAAUGCAACUUUAUGGGAAAAGCACCACUCAUCAUUUGGUUUGGUAUAAAACAUGAGACAGUGUCAGAUAGACUGCUUUUCCCAUGGCAAUAAAUGUAAAUAUGACAACGCUUUGUACAUAGACUGUACGCACUCGGCUCUUGGUAGCGCUCUGAUCACAGAUUGCUGUUCCAGAGCCAUAUAAGGGCAUUACAUUCUCUGAAAGUACAAUAGGCUCCAUAUCCACUUAAAAUGUAUGCAUUUCAAUUAACAUCAGCACAAAAGGCAAAAUACUAUGCACAGUUCUAGUCACACUUUAUUUUGUAUUCCCAAUAAAGACGCACAUGGACAUUAUCUGCAUUUAUCUGUGCUUAUGACAUAAUAGACAUAUACAUGAACGGCCAUCUUGGAUCUGAGUAUGUUUAAUCUUAGACAUUUCCUUCAGUGACUAGAAUGAAGAUUGGCUCAGGUCUUUGCUCACCUCAGUACACACCAUCAGGCUAGUUCACUGCAUGGCUAGCUGCUCUGUUAUGCUCACCAGUCAAUAAAGUCAAAU